UAGCUUUCCUAUAUGCUUUUAUCGUCUAUAAAGAGUGCCAUGAUGAAGCAACAUUGCAUCAUUUAACAAUAACCACAACAACUACAAAACACUAUGGAUACAAAAAAUUGUAUAGAGAGGAAGCAUUAUGUUCUUGUUCAUGGUGCUUGCCAUGGUGCUUGGUGUUGGUACAAGGUGAAGCCACUCCUAGAAUCAAUUGGUCACCUUGUCACAGUACUUGAUCUUGCAGCCAGUGGCACCAACAUGAAGAAAAUUCAAGAUGUUAACACAAUUUUUGAGUACUCUGAACCAUUGUUGCAACUAAUGGCCACAAUUCCCCCAAAUGAAAAGGUAAUUCUUGUGGGACACAGCCUUGGAGGACUUAGCAUAGCUCUUGCAAUGGAACAAUUUCCUGAAAAGGUAGCUGUUGGUGUUUUCUUAACAGCUCUAGCUCCGGACAUUGAACACAAACCAUCUUAUGUCUUGGAAAAGUUUAUCGAGAGUACCCCUGCAGCUGAAUGGUUGGACACUGAAUUCUCUCCGAGUGGAAACAAAACAUCAUUGUUAUUUGGUCCCAAAUUCGGGUCCAACAAGCUCUAUCAACGCUCCUCCACUGAGGAUCUUGAAUUGGCCAAGACUUUAAUGAGGCCAGGGUCCCUCUUUAUAGAAGACUUGUCUCAGCAAAAGAACUUCUCUAAAGAGGGGUAUGGGUCAGUUUCACGUAUUUAUAUUGUUUGCCAUGAAGACCUUGCGAUUCCGUUGAAAUUUCAACAAUGGAUGAUAAAAAAUGCUGGGAUUAAUGAUGUUAUUGAGAUCAAAGAGGCAGAUCAUAUGCCUAUGAUUUGCAAGCCACAAGAGCUAUGUGAUUUUCUAAAUCAAAUAGCUAUUAAAUACGUGUGAAUUCAUGAAGUAUAAACUUUAGCUUUAUUUGUUUGGUUUGAUUGCCUUGUGUUCGCAUUGCAGUAUAUCAUCAUGUAUGAAAUUGUGAGACACUACAUUGGAGAAAUGGCAUGCAACUUCUGUGUUUUUCCAUGCAUGUAUACAUCCUUAAACUUUUAAAAAACAAUGUUAUUUAAUAAUAUGUAGAUCUUUAUUGAAAAUGUACAACAAUUGUGAAGUGAUGAGCUAAUGGUAGUCCUCAGUCUCUAACACGAGCAUUUAUCUUUUA